CACCCCGGGGGGCCCCUGCCCCCUGGGGUUUCUCGGAGCUCGGGCUCUUGCCUGCUCUGCAGACCCCAGAGUCGGGGCUCCACCCCUGCCCGUGUCCGCCCCCUGUCCUACGCCCUCCCUCCCGACCGUGAGGCCGGAGCCUCCUCCCUGCCCCCUCAGCUUGUCCGGGAGGGGAAGGGGGCGGGCAGCACAGGGGGUGUGACAGCUCCCGCCCGGACCAGUGCCAGCUGCAGCCUCGCUUCAGUGCCCCGUGCCAGCUGGCUCUUUCGUCUGGGACGGAGGUGGAGGCUCGGGCUCCUUGUCGCCGAGGGGGGAGGCCCCCCGCGGGCCCCCAGCCCUCCACCCACCCAAGAGGAGCCUCUCCUCCCAGCCGGCCUCUGGCUGCCCUGGCGGUGGGUCCAGCUAGGAACUGGCCCUGGUCACUGCGCCCGGGACUCAGAGCCCGCAGCCCUCCAGGAUCCCCCUAUCGGAGCUGACGGGGCUCGCUGGGGAGCCUCUCGGCCUUCUGCUAGAGCCUGCAGGGCUGGACGAGCUUGGGAAGGAUCAUGAAGGUGGGCUGGCCAGGUGAGAGCCGCUGGCAGGUGGGCCUGUUUGUGGAGGACAGCCCAGCUCUGGGAGCACCACAGGUGGGAAGCCUACCAGACGUGGUGCCCGAGGGGACGCUGCUCAACAUGGUGCUGAGGAGGAUGCACCUGCCCCGAAGCUGCUCCUACCGGCUGCUUCUGGAGCACCAGCGCCCCAGCCGAAUCCAGGGCCUUCGCUGGACACCACUCACCAACAGCGAGGAGUCCCUGGACUUCAGUGUGAGCCUGGAGCAGGCUUCCACAGAGCGGGUGCUCAGGGCGGGGAAGCAGUUGCAUCGACAUCUCCUGGCCACCUGCCAGAACCUCAUCCGAGACAGAAAGUACCACCUUAGGCUCUAUCGGCAAUGCUGCUCAGGCCGGGAGCUAGUGGAUGGGAUCUUGGCCCUGGGGCUUGGGGUACAUUCACGGAGCCAAGCCGUGGGAAUCUGUCAAGUCCUGCUGGAUGAAGGUGCCCUCUGCCAUGUGAAACACGACUGGACCUUCCAGGACCGAGACACCCAGUUCUACCGUUUCCCGGGUCCAGAGCCGGAGCCCUCGGGAGUCCAUGAGCUGGAGGAGGAGUUGGUUGAGGCCAUGGCCCUGCUCUCCCAGCGGGGACCGGAUGCCCUGCUCACUGUGGCACUUCGAAAGCCCCCAGGGCAGCGCACGGACGAGGAGCUGGAGCUCAUCUUUGAGGAGCUGCUGCACAUCAAGGCUGUGGCCCACCUCUCCAACUCGGUGAAGCGGGAAUUAGCAGCAGUUCUGCUCUUUGAACCCCACAGCAAGGCCGGGACUGUGUUGUUCAGCCAGGGGGACAAAGGCACCUCGUGGUACAUCAUCUGGAAGGGAUCCGUCAAUGUGGUGACCCACGGCAAGGGGCUGGUGACCACACUGCAUGAGGGAGAUGACUUCGGACAGCUGGCUCUGGUGAACGACGCACCCCGGGCAGCCACCAUCAUCCUGCGAGAAGACAACUGUCAUUUUCUCCGAGUGGACAAGCAGGACUUCAACCGUAUCAUCAAGGACGUGGAAGCAAAGACCAUGAGGCUGGAAGAGCACGGCAAAGUGGUGUUGGUGCUGGAGAGAACCUCUCAGGGCGCUGCCUCUUCUUGCCCCCCAACCCCAGGCAGGAACCGGUAUACGGUGAUGUCUGGCACCCCGGAGAAGAUCCUAGAACUGCUGUUGGAGGCCAUGAGGCCUGAUUCCAGUGCUCAUGAUCCAACAGAGACGUUCCUCAGUGACUUCCUCCUGACCCACAGAGUCUUCAUGCCCAGCACCCAGCUCUGCACUGCCCUCCUGCACCACUUCCACGCGGAGCCAGCGGGAGGCAGUGAGCAGGAGCGCAACAUCUACAUCUGCAACAAGAGACAGCAGAUCCUGCGGCUGGUCAGCCAGUGGGUGGCCCUGUAUGGCCCCAUGCUCCACACUGACCCCGUGGCCAGCAGCUUUCUCCAGAAACUCUCAGACCUGGUGAGCAAGGACGCCCGGCUUAGCAACCUGCUGCGGGAGCACUGGCCGGAGAGGCGGCGGCACCACCGGAUGGAAAAUGGCGGUGGGAGCGCAUCUCCUCAGAUAAAGGUGAAGCUUGUUCCCUCCUCAGGGCCUGGACCUUUCUUUCUCUGGCUCUUUGACUACCUGGAUCCUUCCUAUCGUUCUGAUCUCGGCCAGAGUGUGGGGUUUCCAGAGAGGCCCCUUUCCGUCUCUCUAUGCAGAGCAGCCCUCCACUGGCCACUGGCCUGCAAGGCCCGGAACAUGUCUGUUUGGCUCCCCGGCCCGGACGAGUCCCUCCCCAGCAGCAACUGUGCCAUCCGAGUUGGAGACAAAGUCCCCUAUGACAUCUGCCGGCCAGACCACUCGGUGCUGACCCUGCAGCUACCUGUGACGGCUUCAGUGAGAGAGGUGAUGGCAGCGUUGGCCCAGGAGGACGGCUGGACCAAGGGGCAGGUGCUGGUGAAGGUCAACUCUGCAGGCGAUGCUAUUGGCCUGCAGCCAGAUGCCCGUGGUGUGGCCACAUCCCUGGGGCUCAACGAGCGGCUCUUUGUUGUCAACCCAGAGGAAGUGCAUGAGCUGACCCCACACCCUGAGCAGCUGGGGCCCACGGUGGGUUCUGCUGAGGGGCUGGACCUGGUGAGCGCCAAGGACCUGGCCGUCCAGCUGACGGACCAUGACUGGAACCUCUUCAACAGCAUCCACCAGGUAGAGCUGAUCCACUAUGUGCUGGGCCCCCAGCACCUGCGGGACGUCACCACCGCCAACCUGGAGCGCUUCAUGCGCCGCUUCAAUGAGCUGCAGUACUGGGUGGCCACGGAGCUGUGUCUCUGCCCCGUGCCCGGCCCGAGGGCCCAGCUGCUCAGGAAGUUCAUUAAGUUGGCAGCCCACCUCAAGGAACAAAAGAACCUCAACUCCUUCUUUGCCGUCAUGUUUGGCCUCAGCAACUCAGCCAUCAGCCGCCUGGCCCACACCUGGGAGCGGCUGCCCCACAAAGUCCGGAAGCUGUACUCGGCCCUCGAGAGGCUGCUGGACCCCUCAUGGAACCACCGAGUGUAUCGACUCGCCCUCACCAAGCUCUCCCCUCCUGUCAUCCCCUUCAUGCCCCUCCUUCUCAAAGACAUGACCUUUAUCCAUGAGGGAAACCACACCCUGGUGGAGAAUCUCAUCAACUUUGAGAAGAUGAGAAUGAUGGCCAGAGCCGUGCGGAUGCUGCACCACUGCCGAAGCCAUAGCAACGUGCCUCUCUCACCACUCAGAAGCCGCGUCUCCCACCUCCAUGAGGACAUCCAGGCAGCGAGGGUUUCCACGUGCUCGGAGCAGUCCCUGAGCACCCGGAGUCCAGCCAGCACCUGGGCUUAUGUCCAGCAGCUGAAGGUCAUCGACAACCAGCGGGAACUGUCCCGCCUCUCCCGGGAGCUGGAGCCUUGACGAGGGGGCUGGGGCUGGAGCAGCAGGCACUUCCCGCCUGGAAAGCCAGGGCACGCCUGGGCCCAGGGGCCCGCAGGCCGGCCGCAGCUGGGCAGGGCUCUCCGAGGAAUGGACUUGAGGCCCUGGAUCAGGCAGCGUGGAGGCAUCUGUCCCCUGUGAUGACUGUCGGCCGCGGAGGACCUCAGAGUGGAAUGAGCGGAGGCCCAAGCCAAGGAACGGGGGAUAGAGAGGCCAGAGUGGGUGGGAGAGCAGAGCAGGCGCUGGGACUCUGUGUUCAAUAGAGAGCUCUCCACACCAGGUUUUUUCCAGA